CGCGCGCGCGUGCGGGCGCGCGUACGUUUAUGUAAAGUGCCUAGAGCUGUAUUACACGGGAGUGGUCGCUAUAGAAAUAAUCUACAUUAUUAUGUAUUACACGUUUUCUAUUUUGCUUUUUUAAAAAUCACUUCUAAUGCUUCUAAGUUAUUUUGCUUCAGGUCUCACUUUAGCCUUUCUAAACAGAACAAGAACAACCGAAAGUCCAAUGAUGGCCUCAACACUAUGCACCAGUAUUUUCUUCAUCGCUUUUAUAAUUGUCACCACUGCCACAUCUGAGCAGAAAUGGGCACGAGAGGUUCUGUAUGGUGACACUGCAAACUUAACUUGUGAAAGUCACCAUUUUCGGCCUGCUCAGUUCCGGGACGCCCAUUUUCAGUGGAUGUUUCCCAAUGGUGAAGUCGUAAAUCCAAACUCACCGCCAUUGGACAAGCACUACAGUUUCAACGCCAACGGCUCCAUUCUUUUAGUCCACGACGUUGAUAGAGAUGAUUUCGGGCUAUACUUCUGUCUGGUUUCUCUACCCCCAAAUAUGCUCGUGCACGUCGCCGUCAGACUAGGCCUCAACGUCAACGGUCCUUUCUACGGGGAUCUGAACGAAAAGUACCAGCCCCGACUCAAAGUGGGCCUUUUUGCUGGUUUGGUCGUCUUUGUCGUCAUGUCUAUGUUAUGUUUCAAUUUAGACCAGACUCAACACAGGCUAGACCGACCUAACACUGGAAGCAGCAAAAACAAACGUCGGUCGCCGAGCUAUGAGGAAGAGAUGUACCAGGUGAACACAGCAUUCCAGGCGGACGAGGAGAAGCCCGUAGGGAUUCAGUUGGAGAACCAGGCUGAUCAAAGUGACCAAAUUACGUUCUCAGAAGAGAAGGUAGAGGUGGAACCCAAAACUAGCUUCUGAAACAGAUACGUACAUGAUGUCUCCGAAA